CAGCUUUCAGAUACGUUUUUGCCUCUGCCGCGUUCAGGCGUUCAGAGUCGGCUUUAUCGUCUGGGUCUGGGUCUCUAAUAAAGAUCUUGGAUCUUGGUCUCGGCUCUCGGUUACGUUUUCGUUUUCGUUUUCGAUUUCCAUAUCGGUUUCAGUUUUAGUUCGUCGACGCGUUCGCACCGAUCGAGUCGUGUGCACGGCUAAAAAGCACACAACUACAACAACAACAAAAUAUAUAUAUAUAUUACCACAACUACAAUCGAUUUUGGUGGCCAAGAUAGGCUCGUCGCUCUGCUAUUCGGGUCAAUGCUGUGCUCUGCAUUGCCAACGUUAUGCUAAUUACCGAAAGGAUACAAAUCAUAGCAUACAUCAUCGGUUACAAUCUCUUUGGCAAGACUCCGUCGCACCGCUGGUGACAAAUUCCACGCCCGUUGCAAAACCCGCCAAAUAAGCGCUAGAGAUAAAAAAAUAAACGAGAAGGAGAUCCACAGCCAGGAGAAUAGCUAGCAACACACACAUAUAUAUAUUUAUUUAAUAUAUUCAUCAACAAAUUCGCAAAACGUGCCAAAUAUAAGUUAAAUCUAUUUAUUUUGUAUAACAAAGAGCUAAUAAGUCUAAACUAUAUAAACUAGUAAGUCGUGUAAUUUAAAUCCUCAUUAAAAACGCACAACAAAUAAAGUUGCCGCAGGAGCAGCCAUCGGCUUCAGCAUGAAGAAGCCAGAAAUGCUGAUUAGUUUAAUUUUAUGGUGCCUUUGUGCUCCCAGUCUGACACUCCGCAUCCCCGAGGACCUUGAGAACGCCGCCAUUAAUGCCCUGAGCUCCGAGCGUGCCCGCUCCCUGACCCAAUGUGGAUCCUCUGAGGAGGCGGAGGGCAGUGUGGCCGGUGACUAUGACGUUUGCCCGCCGAGCAAGUACCGCCAGCCAACCGCCGAGUGCAACAACGUUUCCCACCGCAAGUGGGGAGCCCGUGGAGAUAUUUUCCAACGUUUGCUGGUUGCGGAUUACGCCGAUGGAGUUAGCCAGCCAAGGACCUCCAAGGGAACCCAUGCUCUGCCCGAUGCCGAAUUGGUGAUCGAGCAACUGCAGCGCCAUGUGGAGGGUGAACUGCGCCACGCCCACAUCACUGCCAUGCUGCCCGCCUGGGGUCAACUCUUGGCCAAUGACCUGGUGGAGGUCGGUCAGCUGCCCAUCUCCGGAAAGUGCUGCGAGCGGGACUCCGCCGUCAAGGAUCCCAGCGAGCUGCAGCAGUGCUUCGUGCGGGCAGGACCCGACUGCAAGGAGUACAAGCGAUCCGCUCCAGGAUUCGAUGCCGAGGCGUGCCAGAAACACACUCGCCAGCAGAUGAACAUUGCCUCGGCGUACAUCGAUGGCUCCGGAUUGUACGGCUCCACUCGCCACGAAUUCGACCAGCUGCGCACCUACAUCAGUGGCGGAGUCAAGGUGGAGUCCUGCAAGUACUGCCAGGUGGCUGGGGCCACUGGAGCCCUGCAUCGGGCUCUGCUGCAGCAGCACAACAACAUUGGCGAGCGGCUGGCGCACAUCAAUCCCGAUUGGUCCGAGGAGGAUGUGUUCCUGGAGGCCAGAAGGAUCAUCACGGCCACCAUUCAGCACAUCACCUACAACGAGUUCUUGCCCUUGGUUUUGGGCCAGGAGACCACGGCCAAGGAGGGAUUGAGACUGACUGCCGAGAAGCAUUCGAGCAACUAUUCGAGCUCCGUGAGGGGAGGAAUCUACAAUGAGUUUGCCACCGCCGCGAUUCCCGCUUUUUGGAGCAUGUAUCCCCCCGAAAUGCUGGCCAAGAAGAUGUCCGCCCACGAACUGUUGUCCAUUGCUGCCCUGCAAAAAUCACUAGUUCCCAGUCAAACGAAUGCCGAGGGCUGGUCCGAGUUGGCUUUGGCCGUUCAUCGUGGUCGUGAUCAUGGAAUUGCCUCGUAUGUCCAUGCCCUCGAUCUCUGCGAGCGGAGAUUUGCCGAUCAGUCUGCCAAUGUGAGCUUCGAUACCCUGGCUCAGGUGUCCAAAAUUCCCGAGGAGUACAUCACCAAUCUGCGUGACAUUUACCAAAACGCUGAGGAUAUUGAUUUGUUAGUCGGUGCUCUGCUUGAGGAGCCAGUGGUUGGAGCUCUUUUUGGACCCACAAUCAGCUGCCUGUUGACCCUGCAGUUCGAGCAACUGAAGCAAACCGAUCGCUUCUGGUAUGAGAAUGAGAUUCCACCAUCCUCCUUUACUUUGGAGCAACUGAAGAGCAUUCGCCAGACUUCUUUAUCUGGUCUCCUGUGUGGAUCUCAUCAAGUUAGCACCGCUCAGUCCAAGGCGUUCAUUCUGGAGGAUAAUUACCUGAACUCCGUUUUGGACUGCGAUCAGCUGCCCAAGUUCGAUCUGAAACCUUGGCAAGUGAGUCCCGAAGAUGAGGUGCAUGUGGAGCAUGUAGAGGUGGAACCUGCCACCAAGGAAGCCAUUGCUGAACUGAGUCCUGAAUUGAUCGAGGCUGCAGUUGAAAGAGCCAAGCAGGAACUGGAGGAACGCAAGCGUUUCGAGUACGAAGUGUGGCGAACCAAGGGUGGCAUCAGUGCCCGUUCUCCUGAUGGCACAGCUGCUUCCUUCAGCAAGGCCAAUCUAGCUGCUCUGAAUCUGGCCAACUCCUCGCUGAUUUUCGAGCUGACCUCCAAUGAGAUUGUGAAGACCCUGAACCACAUCACUCGACGCAAGCGACAGAUCUUCAAUCCCAACCAGAAUGCCUUCAAUCGCAACGAACUCACCGAUACCCUGCAAACGGUGGACAUUAGUGGACUGCUUGGCGGUGCCCAGAAGCCAUUGGAUGAGUGCCCGGAACCCAAUCAGCAGUGCGAUGCCAACUCGCCAUUCCGAACGAUGUCCGGAAGGUGCAACAACCUGCGUAACCCCAAUUGGGGCAAGUCACUGACCACUUUCUCCCGUUUGCUGCCCGCUCAGUAUGAGGAUGGCAUCUCGGCUCCAAGGAUCACUGGAGUGACUGGCACCCAGUUGCCCAAUCCCAGAACUAUUUCCACCACAAUCCAUCCUGAUAUUUCCAAUCUGCACACUCGCUAUUCCCUGAUGGUGAUGCAGUUUGCGCAGUUUGUGGAUCACGAUUUGACUUUGACGCCGAUUCACAAGGGUUUCCACGAGUCGAUUCCCAGUUGCAGACCCUGCAAUUCCCGGCAGACGGUGCAUCCCGAGUGCAAUCCCUUCCCGGUGCCAGCCGGUGACUUCUACUAUCCCGAGGUGAAUGUGACCAGUGGCGAGAGGUUCUGCUUCCCCUCGAUGAGAUCGCUGCCCGGCCAGCAAUCGCUGGGUCCCCGCGAUCAGAUCAAUCAGAAUACCCACUUCUUGGAUGGCUCCAUGGUUUAUGGAGAGACCACCUGUCUGUCGAACAAACUGAGAGGAUUCUCGGGUCGCAUGAACAGCACUCAGGUGAGGGGCAAGGAGUUGCUGCCACUGGGUCCCCAUCCCGAAUGCAAAUCCCGCAAUGGCUUGUGCUUCCUGGGAGGCGAUGAUCGUGCCUCCGAGCAGCCAGGUCUCACUGCCAUCCACACCGCCUUCCUGCGCGAACACAACCGGAUUGUCGAGGGUCUGCGCGGAGUGAAUCCCCACUGGAAUGGCGAGCAGCUCUUCCAUCAUGCCAGGAAGAUUGUCAGCGCCCAGGUGCAACACAUUGUGUUCAACGAGUUCCUGCCCCGAAUCCUCAGCUGGAAUGCCGUGAAUCUCUAUGGCCUGAAGCUUCUGCCUCAGGGUUACUACAAGGAUUACAAUCCUUCCUGCUCUCCGAUUGUCUUCAAUGAGUUUGCUGCCGCUGCCUUCCGAAUUGGUCACUCCCUGCUGCGUCCUCACAUUCCUCGUUUGAGUGUCCAACAUCAGCCGGUGGAACCUCCUCUACUCCUUCGCGAUGGCUUCUUCCGCAUGGAUAACCUUCUGCAGCCCGGAAUCAUUGAUGAAAUCCUGCGUGGUCUGGUGGCCACUCCCAUGGAGACUCUGGAUCAAUUUAUCACUGGAGAGGUGACCAACCAUCUGUUCGAGGACCGCAAGAUUCCCUUCUCGGGCAUUGAUUUGAUUGCUUUGAAUAUUCAGAGAGCUCGUGAUCAUGGCAUUCCCUCUUACAACAACUACCGCGCCCUUUGCAACCUGAAACGUGCCACCAACUGGAACGACUUGAGCCGCGAAAUACCCACCGAGGUCAUCAACCGAUUCCAGAAGGUGUACGCCAGUGUGGAUGACAUUGAUCUGUUCCCAGGAGCAAUGACUGAACGUCCUCUUCAGGGAGGCUUAGUUGGACCCACGUUGGCCUGCAUCAUUGGCAUCCAGUUCAGGCAGUUGCGCAAAUGCGAUCGCUUCUGGUAUGAGAACCAGAACCCCGAGGUCAAGUUCACGGAGGCUCAGCUGGCUGAGGUCCGUAAGGUGACUUUGGCCAAGAUUGUGUGCGAGAAUCUCGAGAUCACCGGUGAUAUGCAGCGUGCUGCCUUCGAUUUGCCCAGCAAUUUCCUCAACCCACGUGUGCCCUGCGCGUCAAUGCCCCAGAUUGACUUGAAUGCCUGGCGUGAAAAUGUUCAGGGCUGUCAAAUUGGCAACCGAAAUGUGCGUGUUGGCGAGUCUGCCUUCCCAUCGCCUUGCACAAGUUGCGUUUGCUCCGCUGAAGGAGCCCAAUGUGCUUCUUUGCGCAUCACCGACUGCGGCCAGUUGAUUCGCCAGUGGCCCAAGGAGGCCAUUCUGCGCGACGAGGUUUGCAACUCGCAGUGCGGCAUUUACUUGACCGGCCAGCAGGCCAGUGGCUUCAAUCCCCAGCAGCGACAGGGACAGGCUCAGCCCAGAGUGACCCGAUCCCGCAACCAGAAUCUCUUCAAGUUCCCCGACCUCACGCCCUUCAUCGCUUCCCUGUAGAAUCCUGCAAAAGCUAUACAAUUUUGAGUGCGGUGGAUCAAUCAAUUAUGACGCAUUUUGUAAAUAACUCUUGCAUUGCGUUUGUACAUAAGAUUCUUUGUUGUUUGCUUACCUAAAGACUUGUCCAAUGCAACGGCGGGAUCAAUAUAUAGUAUACUCGCCAGUUCUGUACGUCAUAAAAUACAAAACACUCGGCCCCAUCAUCAAACACUCGCUUUUCGCAGUGUGCUAGCUAUAUCCUAAUUAAAACUACACCAUAACUAUUAACAAAUUAUAAUAAACACUUAAUGUGAGUGAAAUAA